GGAGGAGGAGCUUCUGGAUGACGUCAGACCGCAGGAGGGGCGUUGCUCCUCGGUGAUUCGCUGCCACGAAGGGGGCGGUGUCUUGGUGACGGGGUGUAGGGAAGGGGGCAGGCGUUCAUUGAUAAAAACGCCGGGCUCCCUCGGGCGCGAGCGCAGCGUAGCGAAUCUAGGCAGCGCCACGCGCAGCCGGGGCCGGGCGGAACCCUGAACAAGGCGGGCCCGCGCUGCGACGCACAGCCGGCAUGGAACCCGCCGCCGGUUUCCUGUCCCCGCGCCCCUUCCCGCGUGCUGCCGCCCCACCCGCGCCCCCCGCCGGGCCGGGGCCGCCUCGGAGUGCCUCGACGGGUCCCGAGCUCGAGGUGCUGGCCGGGCCGCCGGCGCCGGACACUGCACGUCUGAUCACUGACCCACGCAGCGGCCGCACCUACUCCAAAGGCCGCCUGUUGGGCAAGGGGGGCUUCGCCCGCUGCUACGAGGCCACUGACACAGAGACUGGCAACGCCUAUGCUGUCAAAGUCAUCUCGCAGAGCCGCAUCACUAAGCCACAUCAGCGGGAGAAGAUCUUGAACGAAAUUGAGCUGCACCGCGAUCUGCAGCACCGCCACAUCGUGCGUUUCUCACACCAUUUUGAGGAUGCAGACAACAUAUACAUUUUCCUGGAGCUCUGCAGCCGAAAGUCCCUUGCCCACAUCUGGAAGGCUCGGCACACCCUGUUGGAGCCAGAAGUGCGCUACUACCUGCGACAGAUCCUCUCUGGACUAAAGUACCUACACCAGCGAGGCAUCUUGCACCGAGACCUCAAGCUGGGAAAUUUUUUUAUCACUGAGAACAUGGAACUGAAAAUGGGGGAUUUUGGACUGGCAACCCGGAUGGAACCCCCAGAGCAUAGGAAGAAGACCAUCUGUGGUACUCCCAACUACGUGGCUCCAGAAGUGCUGCAGAGACAGGGCCAUGGUCCUGAGGCAGACAUAUGGUCCCUGGGCUGUGUCAUGUACACGCUGCUGUGUGGGAGCCCCCCCUUUGAGACAGUUGACCUGAAGGAGACGUACCGCUGCAUCAAGCAGGUUCACUACACACUGCCCGCCAGCCUUUCACAGUCCGCCCGGCAGCUCCUUGCCACCAUUCUUCGAGCCUCACCCCAAGACCGCCCCUCAAUCGACCAGAUCCUGCGCCAUGACUUCUUUACCAAGGGCUACACUCCGGACCGACUCCCUGUCAGCAGCUGUGUGACAGUCCCAGAACUGAUACCCCUGAAUCCAGCUAGAAUUCUGUUUGUCAAGGUUACCAAGAGCCUUUUUGGCCGGAAGAAGAAUAAGAGUAAAAACCAUCCUGAAGAGCGGGAUGAGGUCUCUUGUUUGGUGAAUGGCCUCAACCGGACAUCCAUUGGCCAUCAGAAUGCCAGGCCCGAGGCACCAGCAGCUUCUGGUCCAGGCCCCCUCAGCUUGGUAGAGACACCACCUGAAGACAGCUCACCCCGUGGGACUCUGGCGAGUAGUGGAGAUGGGUUUGAAGAAGGUUUGACUGUGACUACUGUGGUAGAGUCAGCCCUCUGUGCUCUGAGAAACUGCCUGGCCUUCAUGCCCCCAGCGGAACAGAACCCAGCUCCCCUGGCACAGCCAGAGCCGCUGGUAUGGGUCAGCAAGUGGGUUGACUACUCCAACAAGUUUGGCUUUGGGUAUCAACUGUCUAGCCGCCGCGUGGCUGUGCUCUUCAACAAUGGUACACACAUGGCCCUGUCAGCCAACAAAAAGACUGUACACUACAACCCCACCAGCACAAAGCACUACUCCUUCUCUGUGAGUGCUGUGCCUCGGGCCCUGCAGCCUCAGCUGGGUGUCCUGCGGUAUUUUGCCUCCUACAUGGAGCAGCACCUCAUGAAGGGUGGAGACCUGCCUAGUGUGGAAGAAGUAGAGGUGCCUGUGCCCCCGCUCCUGCUGCAGUGGGUCAAGACGGAUCAGGCCCUACUCAUGCUGUUUAGUGAUGGCACUGUCCAGGUGAACUUCUACGGGGACCACACCAAGCUGAUCCUCAGUGGCUGGGAGCCCCUCCUUGUGACUUUUGUGGGCCGCAAUCGCAGUGCUUGUACUUACCUCGCCUCCCACCUUGGCCAGCUGGGAUGCUCCCCAGACCUGCGGCAGCGACUCCGCUACGCUCUGCGCCUGCUCCGGGACCGCUGCCCUGCAGCCUAGCCCCAACGUGUAGAGCAGGCCACAACCUAAGCCCUCAGGCCUCUGGCCUGUACCUGUACGGUUCUGGCCUUUUCCUUUGUGGCCCUCCUUGUCCCUUUGGUGCCUCACUGGGGGCUCUGGCCCGGAUCCCCCAGGGAAUCAGGGACCAGCUUUACUGGAGUUGGAGCCACCUAUCCUAGGUGUCUCCUGCCCCUUCUCCAAGAUAAGCCUGAGCCUUAGCCCCCAGCUAGGGGGCAUUAUUUAUGGACCAGUUUUAUUUAUUGACAAGACAUUUAUUUAUUGAGGUGUAAGCCCCAGCGGAGCCAUUCUCCUGGGAUAAUAAACCAUUUUGCAGAAGUGGAA